AGGGUGCAGGAGGAUAGCAGUGCCGCAAGGCUGACACCAGCCUGGCUUCUUGGAAUCAACCCGAUCUCCCUAGGUGGAGGCCCAGGUCCUGCAAAGGGCAGGGCUCAUUCAAAUCCUUGAGAGGGACCUGGAACAAAGCUACUGUCUUUCUUUUCAACGAACACAUACAAAGCAGGAGCUCUGUGCUAGGAGCACCCUGGGAAACUUGGCCGUGAGUGAGAGGAGCAUCCCUCCUCCCCCAGUUCAGAUCACCUGCCUAGAAAACUGGCCAAGCGGUACUCAUUAGAUAGGGUAGGCUCCAUGAUGGUGGGGGCGAGGGGCGCUUUGAGCUGGGCUUCAGAGGAUGAGUAGGAGUUUGCUGUUGGCGAAAUGGAGCGAAAGACAUUGCAGGCAGAGUUUUCCAUAUUUUUUCUGCAAGAGAGUGGCAGCACACAGUCCCACGGCCACCUUUGAGCACCUUCAGCCGAGUUAUGCAUGCCAGAGGCCCCCCUGGCCUCCUGACCCCGGCGCUGCCUCUCGCUUCCUCUGUCCUGAUGCUGCUAAUGAGCGCCCUGUGGCUGUUGGGGGCCGGCCCCAGCCUCGUCCUGGCCCCAGAGCUGCUGCUGGACCCUAGGCAGGCGCACCGGCUGCUCACACAUGCCCUGGGCCACACGGCCCUCCCCGGCCUGCUGCUCAGCCUGCUGCUCCUGCCCACGCUGGGCUGGCAGCAGGAGCGCCACCUGGGCACACUGCGGUUCCUGCAUGCCUCCAGCCUGCUCGCGCUGGCCUCCGGGCUGCUGGCGGUGCUGCUGGCAGGCCUCGGGCUGUCCGGUGCAGCCGGGGGCUGCGGGUACAUGCCCGUCCACCUGGCCAUGCUGGCAGGACAGGGUUCUCGCCCUCGACGGCCCCGGGGGGCCCUGCCAGCGUGGCUCCUGCCUUGGCUGCUGCUCGCCCUGACACCACUGCUCAGCUCCGAGCCACCCUUCCUGCAGCUCUUCUGUGGCCUCCUCGCCGGCCUGGCCUACGCGGCCGGGGCCUUCCGGUGGCUGGAGCUCUCGGAGUGGCGACUGCAGGCGCUGCAGGAGGGUGUCCUAUGCAGGGCCCUGGCGGGGUGCUGGCCGCUCCAGCUCCUCCCCGCCCCAGGUGGCCCAGCUGAGCUGCCUGUCGCCCAUCCCGCCGGAGUGAGGCCCCCCACCCCUGGACCUCCCCACAUGGCCUCCCCUAGCCUCUGGCCCCUCAGUGAAGGCUCAGUCCCGAUCCCGCCGGGCCUGAGGCCUGUGCAGCCGCUCUGGGAGGGCUCCUCAGAGGCUGGACUGGCCUGGUCUGGGCCCGGCUUUCCCCCGGGGACCCCACUGUGGGCAGCCCUGGACCAGCAGAUGCUACAGGAGGGGAUCGAGGCCUCGCUGCUUGAGGGCCCAGCCCAGGGCCCCGACAGCCCACUCUGGCUACCUAAGUCCUCCGUCUCCUCUCUGCGGCUGCAGCAGCUGGAACGCAUGGGCUUCCCCACGGAGCAGGCGGUGGUGGCCCUGGCGGCCACGGGCCGAGUGGAGGGGGCUGUUGCACUGCUGGUCGGCGGGGAGGUGGGCACCGAGGCGCUGGUGACUCAGGGGAGGGGAGGGCCUGCCCACCCUGAGGGUCCUGGGCCCCCCUAGCACAGGCAGGCCCUCAGGUGAGAAGAGCCCUAGCCCUGUCUGCUGAGAGUCAGGAGGGGGUCUGGGGUAGCCCCCCAGCACCCUGCCCCGGUACUGUUCAGAAUAAAACCCAGUUCACUUUUCAGCCUGGA